UGUUUCGGCUGGUAGUUCACCGUACGUGUGAUGUCAACGCUGUGAAAAUUACCGGGAAAAUAACAAUCCUCAGGACAGCCGAUGCCCGAUGGAGAAGAUACUAAAGGAUGUUCUUGGGGCUACGAGGGUCAAAUCAUUCGGUACAACUUCCGGAGGCUGCAUCAGCGAUGGACAGAGCUACGACACCGACAAGGGCAAGUUCUUUGUCAAAGUCAAUGGAAAGAGUGGGGCAAGGCAGAUGUUUGAUGGUGAGAAGGCAAGCCUUGAAGCUAUACAGGCCACAGAGACCAUCAGGGUUCCCAAACCUGGACCAGUCUUGGACAAUCCUUCAGGAACGGGAACCAUAUUCAUCAUGGAACAUCUUGAUCUUCAAGGUCUAAGCAAACAUUCUGCAGCUCUAGGUGAACACUUAGCAAGAUUGCACCUUCACAACCUAGACGAGGGUAAGAGAGCCAGGCAAGAAGAAGGGCGUGUAGGGGCAGAUACCUCCCAAGGAUUCGUCAGUCAGUUUGGAUUUCAUACCACCACCUGCUGUGGCUACCUUCCUCUUGACAAUACAUGGUGCGACGAUUGGGUGCGCUUCUAUACUGAGUACCGCCUGAAGAAGCAGCUAGACCAGAUACAGGAGAAGAGCAGUGACAAAGAGUUAAGAGAACUGUGGCCACUCCUGGAGAGAAAGAUACCCAAGUUGUUUGAAGGUUUGGAGAUCACUCCUGCACUGCAGCAUGGUGAUCUAUGGGGUGGUAACGCAGGCCAGCUUGAAUCUUGCCCAGUUAUUUUUGAUCCAGCCAGUUUUUAUGGCCACCAUGAGUUUGACUUGUCUAUAGGAGCCAUGUUUCACUCUUUCAACCAAGACUUCCAUAAGGCCUACCACAAACUCAUCCCCAAGGCUCCUGGCUUCGAGGAGAGAGAGAAACUAUACUUACUCUUCCACCACUUGAACCACUGGAAUCAUUUUGGAGCAAGCUACAGAAGUUCUUCAUUAUCUAUCAUAAGAAGUCUUAUCAAAGACUGAAUCCAGAGUUUGUAACCAAUCAUAA